AUGCAACAAUAGCGAGACACUGAUAACAAUAGUGAAAAUCUUAAUGAGGAAGAUAAGUAAUGUAAUAAAUAGUAUAACAAAAGCAGCUCAAUCAAUUAGCAUGUACCAUAGUUUCCUCCUAAAAAAGCUCCAUCAUUUUCAAUGGAAGGUCCUUAAAUUCUAGUUUUGUUAUUAUAAUUCAGAUGUUCAUAAGGGAAUGCUAAAAGAGAAUUAGAAUGUUAGUUAAUAAAAAGAUUAGUUAAUAUAAAAAAGAAUUAUGAACCAAAUCGCUACAGAUUGAAUGGAACAUGGGCAUGGAAAUACACAAAUUAUUUAUAUGAAAAUUCAAAUACACUUCCAGGUCCGAUAGAUAAUACCGGUUUAUUAUAAAUAAAAGAACCAAUUCGAAAUCGAGAUUAUUUUGUACUGACUGAUACAGUUUGGAAAUUUUUAUUAGAAGAAUAUGGUGGUGGCCCUGAGAUAUUAGAAGAUAGGAUACCUCCUUCACCAGUUUCUAAUAUAUCAUCAACAACGGAUAGAGCAAAAUCAGCUGAUAUAAGCAUGAUGUCAAGUGUUUCAUAAUAGGAAUAUCCAUCAGAAAUUCCUCUAAAAGGAUUAAAGAAUGAAUUAUUUUAUUGUUACAUGCAUUCAAUUCUAUAAUGUUUAAUGUGCAUUCAAGAAUUAAAUCAUUUUUUAUUAAAUAGUAUUAAUAGACAUAAUGGAUAGAAAAUGCUAUAUUGUAGAAGUUAUAAGGAGAUGUUAUUAUAAAUACGUGAAACAUAAAGUGAUUAUAUUAAAAUAAAUACAUUAAGGACUACAGUAAGUAAGAAAUUUAAUCCAAAAUAUUAACAUGAUGCAUAAGAGUUUCUAUUAUAUUUGAUAUCAAUGAUAGAAGAUGAAAUUUUAGAAGUAAAUAAAGAGUAUGAAAAAUAACAAUAACCUAAGAUGGAAAACAUUGUCAAGAAGUAUUUAAAAGGUUAAAUAGUAAGUGAAUUGAUUUGUAAGAAUUGUAAACAUAAAUCAAUUAUUUCAGAAGAGUUUUUGACUUUAUCAUUAGCUUUAACUAAAGUAGCUACAGUAAAUUAAUCAUUAGACGAAUUUUUAAAAGAUGAAAUAAUAUAAGAUUAUCAAUGUGAUAAUUGUCAUAAAAAAAAAACAGCAGUCAAAAAAACAAGGAUUACAUGUUUACCUAGAUAUCUCAUUUUACACUUGAAACGUUUUAAGUUUUUUCCAAAAUAAAGCAAAAUAACAUAACAAAUAAAGUUUUCAAUAGAAUCAAAUUUUUGUAAUACUGAAUACAAAUUAAUUGGUGUAAUAGUGCAUUCUGGUUCUUUAGAAUAAGGACAUUAUUAUUCAUAUGGGAGAAGAUAACAUAAAUGGUGGUUAUUUAAUGAUUAACGUAUAAAGUAAGCAAAUAAGAUGGAUGUGUAAUAGCAAUAAGGCUACAUCUUAUUUUAUUAAUAACUUUUUUGA